UUUGACAACUUAGAAAAACACACACAGUGGGGAAUUGAUACUCUUGAGAAAUGUAUCAAGUUUGUGAAAGAAAGGACAGAGAUUGAACUCAGCUAUGCAAAGCAACUCAGGAAUCUUUCAAAGAAGUACCAACCUAAAAAGAACUCGAAGGAGGAGGAAGAAUACAAGUAUACGUCAUGUAAAGCUUUCAUUUCCACCCUGAACGAAAUGAAUGAUUAUGCGGGGCAGCAUGAAGUUAUCUCCGAGAACAUGGCAUCACAGAUCAUUGUGGACUUGGCACGCUAUGUUCAGGAACUGAAACAGGAGAGGAAAUCAAACUUUCACGAUGGCCGGAAAGCACAGCAGCACAUCGAGACUUGCUGGAAGCAGCUUGAAUCCAGUAAAAGGCGAUUUGAACGCGAUUGCAAAGAGGCGGACAGGGCGCAGCAGUACUUUGAGAAAAUGGAUGCUGACAUCAAUGUCACAAAAGCGGAUGUUGAAAAGGCCCGACAGCAAGCUCAAAUACGUCACCAAAUGGCAGAGGACAGCAAAGCAGAUUACUCAUCCAUUCUCCAGAAAUUCAACCAUGAGCAGCAUGAAUAUUACCAUACUCACAUCCCCAACAUCUUCCAGGAUUCACAGCUGGUAAUAGAAGCUUAUAAAUCAGGGUUUGAGCCUCCUGGAGACAUUGAAUUUGAGGAUUACACUCAGCCAAUGAAGCGCACUGUGUCAGAUAACAGCCUUUCAAAUUCCAGAGGAGAAGGCAAACCAGACCUCAAAUUUGGUGGCAAAUCCAAAGGAAAGUUAUGGCCGUUCAUCAAAAAAAAUAAGUCUCCCAAGCAGCAAAAGGAACCCCUCUCCCACCGCUUCAACGAGUUCAUGACCUCCAAACCCAAAAUCCACUGCUUCAGGAGCCUAAAGCGUGGGCUUUCUCUCAAGCUGAAAAAAAGACAAAAGAAAAAAGAUGAUCUAUCUCAAGACGUUAGAAAAAGAACAGCAAACAGAGAUGCCAUAACAAAAAUGAAAGAUGUCUACCUAAAGAAUCCUCAGAUGGGAGACCCAGCCAGUUUGGAUCACAAAUUAGCAGAAGUCAGCCAAAAUAUAGAGAAACUGCGACUAGAGACCCAGAAAUUUGAGGCCUGGCUGGCUGAGGUUGAAGGCCGGCUCCCAGCACGCAGCGAGCAGGCGCGCCGGCAGAGCGGACUGUACGACAGCCAGAACCCGCCCACGGUCAACAACUGCGCCCAGGACCGCGAGAGCCCAGAUGGCAGUUACACAGAGGAGCAGAGUCAGGAGAGUGAGGUGAAGGUGCUGGCCACGGAUUUUGACGACGAGUUUGAUGAUGAGGAGCCCCUCCCUGCCAUAGGGACAUGCAAAGCUCUCUACACGUUUGAAGGUCAGAAUGAAGGAACGAUCUCCGUGGUUGAAGGAGAAACACUGUAUGUCAUCGAGGAAGACAAAGGCGAUGGCUGGACCCGCAUUCGGAGAAAUGAAGAUGAAGAGGGUUAUGUCCCCACUUCGUAUGUCGAAGUCUAUUUGGACAAAAAUGCCAAAGGUGCUAAGACUUAUAUUUAAUACCAUUAAAAAAAAAAAAAAAAAAACUUUAAAAAAAAUGGAGUUGUUUCUCCCCACAACCGUGACUGUUGCAGGCAGUUCCUCAAGAGACUGGCUGGCGAGCACCACAGUGCGCGUUCCUGUAGUCUCACAGGGCACUUCAGGGUCCGGGCACCUAAUUGUCUUGUCUAGUUUGGGCUGUGAUCAAGUUUCACUUACUGAUGAAAAUUUUAUGUGGAAAGCUGCCAACCGCCAAUUUACAGCUGUGUCAUUCGAAAUCUGAUAAGCAUUUCUUCUUUUGGUGGUAUCUGUAGAUUAAAAAAAAAAAAAUUGCAUUGUAGCUUCUAAUCAAUCUUUCUGAAUUUAAAAGCCGGCACACAUCUUGCAGGUGCCAAAGACUUCCCUAUUCUUGUUUAUAUCUAGUGUCCACUAUACACUGAGCGACAUUAGGAGGUUACAGAUUGUAACUUAAUAAACUGAACUGUGCUAGUUUGUUAAAUGGUAUACUCAUUCACUUGGGAGGAAGUCACAAGUAAAAUAACAUCUACUUCUCCUUGAGUAAAGGAGUAAGUAAGAUUCUUAUAUUGGCA